CCACCAUGGCUGAUGGCAGAUGGCAGCCCUGGUCAAUGUCUCGCUGGUUUGCAAGGGCCUGCCUUGAAUGUUCUGGAUCUUGGAUCUCUCGUCGAGGCACAUAAUAUCUUUCUUUGGUCGCUGUCUUCAUUCUCUUCUUCAUCCUCGCUGUUCAUGUCACUCGUUUGACCAUCCUCAAGUCCCUUCGUUUGGUUACUUCAACUUCACAGUCGUUCGUUCAUUUAGUUCCCUGUAUUUCUGUUCAGUCGCUCUAUAUAAAAAUAGGCCCACUCAAAGGUCUCUAAUUCAGAAUGAAGACAAGCCAAUUACUUGCUUGCGUGGCUGCUGCCGUCUCGGGAGCUGAGGCAUACUACAAAGGAUUCAACAUCGGAGCCAACCUGGCAAACGGAGCUUGUCGAAGCGAGUCAGACUGGGAGUUUGUGUUCAACAAGAUCGCCAGUUUCCCAGGAAACUUCAAGAACGCCCGACUAUACGCCUCAAGCGACUGCAAUACCCUGGCAAAUGCAGUCCCUGCCGCCAUCAAAACUGGUACCUCGCUCCUUGUCGGCAUCUGGACUGAGGACGACAGCCACUACGAGGCAGAGAAGCAAGCGUUAUUGGAAGCCAUUCAACAAUACGGAAGCGAUUGGAUAUUAGCAGUUUCUGUCGGUUCUGAGGAUCUGUACCGAGGCGACACUGAUGCCAACACCCUGGCGUCACAGAUCAAUGAUGUUCGUGGUAUGCUCUGGGGGCUUGGAGCGAGCAGCAAGUCUGUCGGACACGUUGAUACCUGGACCGCCUGGGUGGACCCUGCCAACACAGCUGUGAUUGAGGCCGUGGACUGGCUCGGCAACGAUGCUUACCCCUACUGGCAGGGCGUUGGGAUUGACAACGGUGCUGCUAAUGACGCAUACUGGGCGGCGGUCAACCAAGUGCGAGCGGUCGCCGGUGGCCGUGAUGUGUGGACUACUGAGACGGGCUGGCCAAUUUCGGGCGACGCUGUCGGCAGUGCUGUCCCCUCGGUCGACAGCUUGCAAACCUACUGGUGGCAAGUCUCGUGCGCGAGCUUCGACAGCCUCAACUACUUCUUCUAUGAUGUCGACGACUUCGCGGCCUCGCCCAGCUUUGCUGUUGUCGACUCCAACUACGACCCUCUCAUCGACAUGACCUGCGGUUCGUGAGCAGGCGAACCGAAUGCUACACGAAAUACAUCUAAAUCACUGGCUCACCAUGAGCUGUCCAAUCCUUUACAUCUUUGCAUAGCGCGGUUGGUAGGGGUGACCACCAAGAACCCCUGGCGGAAAAUAGACUCAAAUUCUUGUAUCUCCAGAUAGAUACACGUAUAUCUAAUGCAAUGGCACAUAUCGCAUGCCACAAACAUACUUUGAUUCUUCACAACAGCCUAGCUCGGAGUCUCAGUUCUCGGCCUGCUCUCUCCUCCCCAUCGUUCCCCAACAGUCCAAGCGGCUAAUCAUCAAGGCAAAGAAAGGAAUAAACGGCAGUGAAUCAAAAACCAGAGCUCAGAUCGGCAAAACUUGUGAUUUUCACGAGGGAUGUCAAACGAUGUCGGCUGGACAAUCGAGAGAAACGUUCGUCAUCACUGCUACUGGAUUGUUCACGGAGAACUCUCCAGCAGCAGGACGAAGGACUGCCUCUCUUUUAAACAUGGUUCUCACGUCGAGGGUGCAUUGUCGGUUUCUUCAACAUCUCCAUCAGCGUCGUUGAUGCCGUACUGUUCAGGCAAGUGGUGAGAACCGCAGACGACCGACAGCAACAUCUCGGUCCUGUUCCUCAAGACGUUUGUGGUAUCUGGAAUUGCCUGGCAAUUUGAUACUGUGGGGGAGGGAAACAUGGGAGGAAGCACGAUCUCCUGAUGCUCCGUCCUGCGGAUACUCGCAUGUCCGUGCAGCGAUCGAAAAGGGAAAGGGCCUUCUAGAACUG